AAACCCCAACUGCGCCGCUUAGUCUGACCUCGAAUUGUCUGGGCCCUUGAUAAAGUUGACCAGGGGGCAGGCCAUUCUUUUGCACCCCUUGCUGCAAUGUUCAGUCGAUUCAUUAAUGUCCCGCAUUCCCCUCGUUUUUGCUUUUGCUUUUACUGUUCAAAUGCCUUGAUCGUCAAACUUUGUUGUCCCUGGUCCCAUUCUAUUGUUGUAAAGAAGGCUCCAAGGGCCAUAGCCCGCCGAUAUGCCGCUCUACUCGGACGCCCCCGAUGCGCGCCAGUUCUACGAGGAUAAGCCGACGCUGCUUGUAUCGUGGUGGAUCACGGUCUUUUGUGUGGCGAUCAUCCUGACGCGAAUGUCGGGUCGAUACGUGCGAGUCGAGAAACUACUCAAGGAGGAUAAGAUCGCUGCCGGUGCGCUCAUACCGUUGGUUCUAAGGGCUAUCUGUGUUCAUUUUGUUCUCAAGAAUGGAACGAAUAACGUCAACUUGGAUGGGUUGAAGUUGAGUGAUGCGGAUAUUGAUAAGAGGAUCGUGGGGAGUAAGAUGGUCCUCGCCAGUAGAGUGUUCUACGCCUCCAUUCUUUGGAUUCUGAAACUCACGACGCUUGAGUUCUUUGAACGUCUUGCUGGCGCUACGAGACGACGAUCACAUCGUAUUAUGAUCCACGCCAUGCGCGCAACACUCGCCGCUACUUUCCUCGCUGUCGUUAUAAGCGACCUCGCAGAAUGUCAACCCUUCCCUCACUACUGGCAGGUCACUCCCGACCCAGGCCCUCAAUGCCGUCAGGCUUUCGUGCAGAUGCUCACAAUGGGAGCUUGCAACGCCUUCACCGACCUCGUCCUCAUCGCCUUUCCUAUCCCCAUCAUCCUCUCCACCCAGAUCGCCACCAAGCGCAAGGUCCUCCUCAUAAUGCUCUUCAGCUUCGGUCUGCUCACCGUCGGUAUAACACUCUACCGCAUCCCCCGCAUCAUCGAAGCACACGGCUCGCAAGUCGUGCGCACGAUGUGGGCAUCGAUUGAAAUCCUCGCCGCCACAGCAGUAGGCAACAUCGUCGCGUUAGGAUCCUUCCUUCGUGACAGCGGUGUCAAGCGCAAGAAGUUCAAAGAGUCAAACAGCUACUCCGGCUACUCGAACUCGCGCUCCCAAUCACAACCUACGAAACUCACACGCACGGCGCAUAGCCAGUGGGAGGAUGAGGAUCAUGUUCGUACGACGGAGGGGAUAUGGGCAAAGUCGCAUGACACGAGCGACUCGAUCUCUAAAGAUGAGGAUUUGAGAAAGUCGGGUGAAAGACCUGUUAGUCCGACGCAGAGCCACGAUUCGCUUAUUACAAGGGAUGAGUUGACGGGCAAGAUGGAUCGUGAUGAUUUUGUGUAUCGACAACCGCCGACGGCUGUUAUUGCGGGGGGAUCUAGACAGGUCCAGCGCGCGCAGCCGACGAGGGAUAAUUGAAUGCGAUAAUUAAUUAUAUUAGGACAUGACAAUAAUUACGAUUUACUUUGUUCAUACCCGUUGAUGAUUACUUGAUUGUCUCAUGUAAGAUCCAGUUUAUCGUACGUAAUAGCCCACC